GAGGGAAGACCGACCUUUUAUUUUCUUUCUCCAGCGAUACAGUAGCACGGAAGACGAGAAGACUUGUUUCCUGUGACUGCCUUUUUCUUUCUCAAUAAUAAAGAAGCAACACUCCCUCUUACCUCUAAUAAAGGCAACGCAGAGAUGGAUAAUGCUUGUCUCUUUCUUCAUGCCUCCGUACUGCAUUGUAUAGUCAAGAUAAACGAGAAAUUGAUGAUGGAAAGAUCAGAGAGUUCAAGCAAGAUGAUGAAGAAGAAAGAAAUUCCUAAUGAUCGUGGCUUCGUUGACACCAUUUUUUCAUGGUCUCUUGAGGAUGUUUUCAAUGAAAAUCUUUUCAAGGUGGAAAAUAUUCCAGAGUCAUUUUACUCGGUUGAGCAUUAUCUUGGAUCAUAUUUAAUUCCUUUGUUGGAAGAAACCCGUGCACAAUUGAGCUCAAGCAUGGAUAUUAUUUCCAGAGCACCGUUUGCUGAAAUGGUUGCUUUCUUUGAGGCCAAGCCCCACGGCACAUUAUUGUAUGAUGUUAAUAUUGAUUAUUGGAGAAACAGAUCCCGUGGCAGUGGCAAUGAGCAUUACAAAACAUUGCCCGGUGACAUCGUUAUUUUAACAAGCGCUAAAGCCGAAAAUGUCUCUGAUUUGCAAAGGGUUGGAUGGACAUGGACAUUUGCUGUGGUCACCAGUAUAACAGGAGAUGAGACCGAGGAUGCUGCUACAUAUACUUCUUUCACAGUCAAGGCGCAAAAAGAAAUUGAAAUUAGUGAUGGACUGCAGAAAUCACUUACUGUGAUUUCAUUGACUAAUAUAACAACUAGCAAAAGAAUAUGGAAUGCACUCCACAUGUUCGGAAACUUGAAUAUCAUCAAAGAGAUUCUGUGCACUGAUUCUGUGGUUGAGGAAAAUUGCAACCAAUAUUCUAUGUGGGAACGUGCAAUCUAUGAUGAGAAUGUUGUGAAUCUGUCAUCUAAAUUGAAUGAAUCCCAAAGCAAGGCGGUUUUGGCAUGUCUGCAUAAAAAGCAACGCAACCAUAAGUCGGCAGUUGAACUUAUUUGGGGCCCGCCAGGGACCGGGAAAACCAAAACAGUCAGUGUGUUGCUCUUUAGCCUCCUAAAAAUGAAAAGCAGAACUCUAACAUGUGGCCCAACCAAUGUUUCAAUUACAGAAGUGGCCUCUAGGGUGCUCAAGCUGGUCACAGAAUCUCAUGAAGCAGAUUCAGGAACUGAUUCUUUGUUUCAUUCUGUGGGAGAUAUUCUUUUGUUUGGCAAUAAGGACAGACUCAAAGUUGAUUCUGAAACUCAGGAAGUCUAUUUGGAUUAUCGUGUCAAAAGGCUUAUAGAGUGCUUUGCACCUCUGACUGGUUGGAGGAAUUGUUUCAAUUCGACAAUUGAUUUUUUUGAAGAUUGUGUUUCUCAGUAUGCCAUUUUCGUGGAGAAUGAAUUAAUCAAAAUGCAGGAGCAUGAUGAUGAAAAUGAAGAGAAAAGGGAAUCCUGUAGCUAUCAAGCUGUUGCCCUCAAAGGAGAGCUUAAAACGUUUCUCGAAUUUAUGAGAGAUAGAUUCCGCUCUACUGCAUUACCUCUAAAAAGAUGCCUCAUUUUAUUAUGCGCUCACAUACCAGAAACUUGCAUUCUCAAACAUAACAUUCAGAACAUCGUAUCCUUGUUAGGUUCACUCAACUCUUUUGAAUCUUGGCUAUUCCACGAGGGUGUGAUUUCUGAUGAAUUGCUUGAAGUUUUUCCACUCCCAGGGUUAGAUGAGGAUUCUUUCCAAGGUUUUAUUGAUAUAUUGUUGCAGUUGAGACUUAAAACGUUUCUCGAAUUUAUGAGAGAUAGAUUCCGCUCUACUGCAUUACCUCUAAAAAGAUGCCUCACUUUGUUAUGCACUCACAUACCAGAAACUUGCAUUCUCAAACAUAACAUUCAGAACAUCGUAUCCUUGUUUGGUUCACUUAACUCUUUUGAAUCUUGGCUAUUCCACGAGGGUGUGAUUUCUGAUGAAUUGCUUGAAGUUUUUUCACACCCAGGGUUAGAUGAGGAUUCUUUCCAAGGUUUUAAUGAUAUAUUGUUCCAGUUGAGACUUAAGAGAAGUGAAUGCCUUACUAUGUUGAAAAGAGUACGGGAUUCUCUCCGCCAUCUGGAUCUUCCAAGUGCUAUGAACAAGCGGUCAAUAGAGGAAUUCUGUUUCCAGAAAGCAACCUUAUUUUUGUGCACAGCUUCUAGUUCGUAUAAGUUGCAUUUGUUGCCGAUUGAACCACUGGACUUUUUGGUAGUUGACGAAGCAGCUCAGCUAAAAGAAUGUGAAUCAACAAUACCCCUACAACUUCCUGGUAUCAGGCAUGCUAUUCUAAUCGGUGACGAGUGUCAAUUACCCGCUAUGGUCGUAAGCAAUGUUUGUGAUAAAGCUGGCUUUGGAAGGAGUUUAUUUGAAAGGCUCAGCUCAUUGGGUCACUCAAAACAUCUUUUAGAUAUGCAGUACAGAAUGCAUCCAUCCAUCAGUUGCUUCCCUAAUUCAAAAUUCUACUUCAAUCUGAUCUUAGAUGCACCAAAUGUCAAGGCUAGAAGUUAUGUAAAGCAUUAUCUUCCAGGGCCAAUGUUUGGUCCCUAUACAUUCAUAAAUGUAUUGGGUGGAAGAGAAGAGCUAGAUGAUGUCGGGCAUAGCAGGAAAAAUAUGGUUGAGGUAGCCAUUGUGCUGAAAUUACUGCGAAGUCUGUACAAAGCAUGGAGUGGACAAAACAUUAGAGUUGGUGUGAUAUCUCCAUAUACUGCUCAAGUUGGUGCGAUUCAAGAGAAGCUUGGUAAGAAUUAUGAAAACAUUGAUGGUUUUUCAGUAAAGGUGAGUUCAAUCGAUGGAUUUCAAGGUGGUGAAGAGGACAUCGUAAUAAUAUCAACCGUGAGAUCCAAUACAGGUGGAGCAAUUGGGUUCAUGUCUGAUCCUCGGAGAAUUAAUGUUGCUCUUACAAGGGCUAGGCAUUGUCUUUGGAUUUUGGGGAAUGAAAGAACCCUAUCAAAUAGUGAAUCUAUUUGGGAAAAGUUAGUCCAUGAUGCCAAGGAACGCAAUUGUUUCUUUCAUGCUGAUGAAGACAAGGAUUUGGCCAAAGCCAUUUUAGAAGUCAAGAAAGAGUUUGAUCAGCUUGAUGAUUUGAUUAAAGGAGACAGUGCACUAUUCAGAAGUGCUAGAUGGAAGGUUCUUUUCAGUGAAUACUUCAAAAAAUCAUUUGGCAAACUAGCAUCAGUCAGAAAGAAGACACCUGUUCUGAACCUUCUACUGAAACUUUCCAGUGGCUGGCGUCCUAAGAAAAGGAGUGUGGACUUCAUUUGCGGAAGCUCUUCUCAAAUCUUGAAACAGUUCAAGGUUGAAGGACUCUAUGUAAUCUGUUCAAUUGACAUAGCGAAGGAAAUAUGCUACAAACAAGUUUUGAAGGUUUGGGAUUUAUUACCAUUAGAAGAUAUUCCUAUGCUGGCUAAACGUCUAGAGGGCAUCUUUGAGACAUAUACUGAUGAUUUUAUCAGUCAUUGCAAUGAAAAAUGUCUAGAGGGAGAUCUGGAAGUUCCAAAAACUUGGAGAACCUCUUUUGAUAUUCCCAGAUAUAAGAGUUGCAGCAACAAUGAAAUAAGAAGCAAUUCAAAUUCUGGUGGUCCUGAUGGUCCCUACUAUGUAGAGAACUCAAAAGUGAGUGAAAGUUUGUUGCUGAUGAAGUUCUACUCAUUAUCUUCUGGGGUCGUGAGCCACUUGCUUUCUGACCGUGAUGGAAGAGAAUUGGAGCUCCCAUUUGAAGUGACUGAUGAAGAACUCGAGAUAAUCAUAUUCCAAAGAAGUACAUUUAUACUAGGACGAUCAGGGACUGGUAAAACGACUGUUUUGACAAUGAAGCUGUUUAAGAAAGAGGAACUAUAUUAUACGGCAACACAGGGAUACUUAAAUACUUCAAAGGACAGCAGCAGGAGAAACAAUGUUGCUGAUGACAUUAAAUCUGUUGGGGAUGGUGUUGGAGAUGCCAAAGAAACUGUAUUGCGUCAACUUUUUGUGACAGUCAGUCCAAAACUCUGUUAUGUCAUCAAGCAUCAUGUGAUACAAUUGAAAAGCUUUGCCUCUGGUGGAAAAUACUCAGCAGAAGGGAGUUCAGUUGAUAUGGAAGAUAUUGAUGAUGCAGCACAAUUCAAAGAUAUUCCAAACUCUUUCUUAGAUAUUCCUCCAAAGUCAUACCCACUUGUUAUCACUUUCUUUAAAUUUUUAAUGAUGCUUGAUGGAACAGUGGGUAAUUCGUACUUUGAAAAAUUUUCUGACAUGAGGCAGCUUUUGCAUGAAAAAGUGGGGAAUUCAGGAUCAAUCUCAGCACAAACUCUUAUAAGAACAAAGGAGGUUAACUUCGAGAAGUUUUGUGCAGUUUAUUGGCCACGUUUCAAUGAGAAAUUAAAAAAAAAGCUUGAUUCAUCCAGAGUAUUUAUUGAGAUAAUGUCCCAUAUAAAAGGUGGCCUGCGAGCUGGAGAGUCUUGUGAUGGCAGACUGAGCCGAGGGGAUUAUGUUAUUCUAUCAGAAGGUCGUAUAUCCACUUUAAAUAGACAGAAAAGAGAUUUUAUAUAUGAUAUUUUUGAAGACUAUGAAAAGAUGAAGGCAGAAAAUGCUGACUUUGAUAUGGCUGAUUUUGUAAAUGAUCUUCAUAUUCGUGUUAAAACUUCCAAGUAUGAGGGUGAUGCGAUGGAUUUUGUCUAUAUUGAUGAAGUCCAAGAUCUUACAAUGAGGCAGAUUGCUCUUUUUAAACAUAUCUGUAGGAAUGUAGAUGAGGGAUUUGUUUUUUCUGGUGAUACAGCGCAGACAAUUGCUAGGGGGAUUGACUUUAGGUUUGAAGAUAUAAGAUCUUUGUUCUAUAAGGAGUUUGUUUUAGCAUCAAGGAGUGCGGGAAAUGACAGAAGCGAGAAAGGUCAAAUAUCUAAAAUAUUUCAUUUGAACCAGAACUUCCGUACCCAUGCUGGUGUGCUCAAGUUAGCUCAGAGUGUUAUUGAUCUUCUUUACCGUUUUUUCCCUUCAUUUAUUGAUGUCUUAAGCCAUGAAACAAGUCUUAUUUAUGGGGAAGCCCCUAUUUUACUUGAAUCUGGAAAUGAUGAAAAUGCAAUUGUAACUAUUUUCGGGAAUAGUGGGAAUGUGAGAAGCAAUUUUGUUGGGUUUGGAGCAGAGCAGGUGAUAUUGGUACGGGAUGAUGCUGCUAGGAAAGAGAUUGAUAACUAUGUUGGGAAGCAUGCUCUUGUUUUGACUGUUGUAGAGUGCAAGGGCCUGGAAUUUCAGGAUGUCCUCUUGUACAACUUUUUUGGCUCAUCACCUUUGAAAAAUAAAUGGAGAGUUGUCUAUGAGUUUAUGAAGGAACAAGAUUUACUUGAUGGCAAUUCCCCAUCCUUUCCAAGUUUCAGCCCAGCAAAACAUAAUGUCUUGUGCUCUGAGUUGAAGCAAUUAUACGUUGCUAUCACUCGUACACGGCAAAGGUUGUGGAUUUGUGAGAAUGUGGAGGAGUUCUCCAGACCAAUGUUUGACUACUGGACGAAGAAGGGCCUUGUCCAAGUGAGGAAACUGGAUGAUUCGCUUGCCCAAGCAAUGCAAGUUUCUAGCAGUCCUGAAGAGUGGAAGUCUCAGGGUUACAAGCUUUUACGUGAGGGUAACUAUGAGAUGGCAACUAUGUGCUUUGAAAGAGCAGGGGAUGAACAUGGGGAGAAAUUGUCCAAGGCUGCUGGGCUUAGAGCAGCUGCUGACAGAAUGCAUAGUUCAAAUCCUGAAAUGGCUUCUGUUGCCCGUAGGCAGGCUGCAGAAAUUUUUGAAUCAAUAGGCAAGGCUGAGUAUGCUGCCGAAUGCUUUUACAUGUUGAAGGAGUAUGAUAGGGCAGGUAGGAUUUACUUGCAAUGUGGGGAAUCUGCAAUGGAAAGAGCUGGAGAAUGUUUUUUUCUUGCUGAAAAUUAUUGUUCUGCAGCUGAAGUAUAUGCAAAAGGCUGCAAUUUCUCAAAGUGCUUGUCUGCAUGUACCAAAGGAAAACUCUUCGACACGGGCUUGCAUUAUAUACAGUACUGGAAACAACAUGGGACUGCAGACCAAAGAAGCAGAGAAAUGGUUACAAUUGAACAAGAGUUUCUGGAAAGCUGUGCUUGUCAUUAUUACGAGCUCAAUGACAACAGAGCCAUGAUGAGAUAUGUUAGAGCUUUUGAUUCCAUGUCUUCAGCUCGUACUUUCUUGACUAAUUUGGGGUGCCUUGAUGAGCUUUUGUCUUUGGAAGUGGAAUCAGGGAACUUCCUGGUGGCGGCGGGCAUUGCAAAGCUUAAAGGUGAGCUUGUCCUUGAGGCAGAUCUACUGGGCAAGGGUGGACAUUUUAAGGAGGCAUCAUUGCUUAUUCUAUGGUUUGUGUUUGCAAACUCUCUCUGGUCAACUGGGAGCAAAGGCUGGCCUUUAAAGCAGUUUCUUCAGAAAGAGGAACUUUUAUCAAAAGCUAAGUUACUUGCAAAGGAUGUGUCAGACCAGUUUUAUGAGUUUGUUCACACAGAGGCUGAAAUUUUAUUGAAUAGCCAGCACAACCUAUUCAAGAUUCAUCAAAGUCUAGAUUCUUCUCGGAGACAUAGUAGUAUCAGAGGUGAAAUAUUAUCAGCUCGAAAGAUACUGGACAUGCAUCUUCAUUUAAAUACCUCAAAGUAUUGGUGGGAAAAUGACUUAGUGUCUGAUUUAGCAAGGUUGUCAGAAAGAAACUUUUUGAACAACCAAGUCUCUGUUGAGACACUUGUUUACUUUUGGAAUUUUUGGAAGGAUAAGAUUGUGAACAUAUUCAAGUUUCUUGGACGUCUUGAAAUGCAAGAUGUAACUGAAUAUGGAGAUUUUGGUGAAUUCUGCUUGAAUUACUUGGGCGUGAAGAGACAGUUUAAUAAUCUGAACGCUAUCUAUUUUCUGAUGAUCUCGGAUGCUCAGUGGGUGAGGGAAAUACCCAGAAAAUUUAUUCAAAGGAAGGGGAACUUGGUUUCUGUAGAUGUUCAUCAGUUUGUCACUGCUGCUCACGGUUAUUGGUGUUCGGAAUUACUUUCUGUCGGCAUGAAUGUAUUAACCAAUCUUGAAGCCCUUUACAAUUUAUCAGUUAGGAAUUCCUUGUCCCUCUUUUGCCAAAGCAGGUCUCUUACUCAUAUAUAUGAGGUGGCAGAUUUUCUUUUGAAUUGCCAGUUUCUAAGUAUUCAACAUGGUGAUAUCAAGGCACUGCGGAAAUUCACUCGACUGGCAACUGGAUGCUUCUACGAUUGCAUCUAUCCUAGGGACUGGAGAGAAUCACUGAAAGAGAAUAUGAUUUCGUUGAGGAGAACUGAGAUUUGUAGGAAUUUACUCAAGGAAGUUAUCUUUGAAGAUGUGAGCUCAAAGAACGAUCUGUCUUAUGCGCAACUUGGAAGGAUCACAUCGAUGAUUCUUGGUUCUGGUGAGAUGUUAUGUGAACCAUAUGAGAAGAUGGCAGAUGGUUUACAAUGGAAUUCUUCAUGGAAGGCUUUCAUUGAGGAUCUCUGUAGGAAUGAGAGGGAGGUGUCCUAUAUGUGGAAGUUGCAUGAAGCUCUGGAAGAUACUUAUUAUGCCAACUGGAGGAAAGGAGAUUAUAUCUUGCCUGGUUGUUUCUUAUACAUGCUCGAACGCCAACUAAUUUUGUUAUCCUACUUCCAAGGCUAUUGUCUUACAACAAAGUCUUCUUUUGUGGAAUGGCUUAUAUACCAAGAAGGCCAUGGGAGUCCACCUUUUGAAAGUUUGAUGGGAGUUGCACCCCAAUCUACAGAAAGCAUCCUGGAGUUUAUUGUUGACACUGUUCAUCUGUUUCUUGAUAAUGAGAAGGAAAUGAUGGAGUGGAUAAGAGUAUCAGAAAAGAACGUGAAGGUCCUGAAUGACUACCAUGCUGUAGUAGUGUUGAGAUUGGUUGUCAUAAUAUGUUUAAUUUAUGUGAACUUUGGAUUGUGUAAAGGCUUGCUUUCUGACUUGCUGGGUAGGACCUAUAUCACCAAAAAACUGCCAGGUCAAUUUUAUGAUGCCAUCCGGAAGAGGCAGAAGCAUAAUUCUCUGAAUGUAAAUCCAACUGUGGUAGCUGAAGCAUUUAGCAAGAUUGGCAAUCCUCUGGUAGUUGUGAGUUUUGGUAAAAAUUGCUCAAGAUUUUUGUGUCCAGAUGCUAUUUUUGUGGACAUGAAGGUCAAUGAAAGCAAAGACAACGUAUUAAGAGUCUUGUUUGCAAAGACUGAUGCUACAUCUCAGGAUCACACGGGAGCUGUUGAAGCAAACACUAGGAGCUCAUUCAAAGGAAUAGUGUCUCAGGGCAUUGAAGAUCUGGGGAAGAUACCUGAGCUUCCAUCUAAUGUUGGAGAUACGGCUAACCGGAACUCGAGUUGUGGGAAGAAGGAUGAGGGUAACCCUCCAUUGCGCCAUGAACGGCUUUGGGAAAUAUUUGAAGCACUAAAAUCUCCAAACCAUGGAGUAGAUGAAAGAAGCAAUAUUGCAUGCGAUCCAACAUUUAAGGUGGAUAUAGACAGAAUUACUUGCCUUUUAAAAGCAGCAAUUGAUGGGAAUUUUCAGAACCCUCCCGGUGUUGAUAAUAAAAACCUGCUUGAGGAAGCUUCCACCAUGCUUCACGAAAUGGGGCAACUUAAUGCUGCAUUAGAAAUGAGGGAAUCAGAACAUGAGAGCGACAUUUCUACAAUUGGAGAACUUCUCGAGAAGCUGCAGUCAAGAAGGCCAAGAAUGGAAUUUUUCCUAAGCCAGAUAUUCUUGCAACACGAUGAAAAUCUUAAAAGAGAGAUGUCAGAGAGAAACAUUGCAUCAGAUGGCCAACGUGAUGAGGAACAUAGUAACAGCAAGGCUGAGGGGAGUUGCGUUUCUGCUAAAGGUGAGAUAAACAUUUCACGGAGUAAUGUUGAAACCGGAGGUAGAAACCCUGAUACGGAGAACAAGGGGAAGGGAAGCAGCAAGUCCAAGAAAAACAAGAAGGGAAAAGGAGGGCGGAAACGCAAGUAGCCUUAAACCUUCUCAAAAAAAUAACCUUUUCUUCUGCAUUUGUUUAUAGCAGUGUGAUUUUUCCUUUCCUUUCCUUUUUCUUUUUUUUCUUUUUUUUUUCCCUGUAUGGAGAAAGAAAAAACGAAAUAUUAUGAGGUCAUAACACCUACAAAAAACUAGAAAAAUAUUGUAAUUAUUUUCAAUUAUUUAUGUUGACUUGGUCAUA